UUGUGUGCAUACCCUGGGGAAGCACAGUGAGGGCAAACUGCCGAAUGGACAGUUCAAUUCUGGCUCCAUCCUCUGCUUCCUCCUCCUCCUCCUCCUCCUCCUCCUCCUUCUUGUCCUCUUCAAGUUCGUCAGCCAAACAACCGAUCCUACAGAUUCACGGUGGAGGUAUCAUCGUGAUAUUCUUAUUAUUGGUUCUUGUACUUGGACUUGGGGGCAGUCUACAUUCCUCAUCACGGUGCCUUGAAGUUCUGUAUUGGUCCUCCUGCAGCCACGUGACAACCUCAGGGAGGUCCAAUCACUAUGCAAUUGUGGCCCAGUCCCAACCACGCCCGAGCAACGACUUGAAGAGGAGGAGUUAUCACGCCUGGUUAGGAACCAAAAAGGAGGAGGAGGAGGAGGAGAAGGAGGUGGAGGUGGAGGUGGAGGAGGAGGAGGAGCGUUUUGAAGAUCGGCUUUUCAACCGUUACGCCAAGUCGAAUGCCAAGGAAGAGAGGAGGAUGGAUGUGCCGAACGCCAGGAAGCUCGGUUUAGACUCUGCUCCAAUCCCAGUGCCAAACCCGACGGUAAUCGAACCAACGCUCUUGACUCUCGAGGGAAACUUGUUGGAAAGUUCACCGUGUCCUCGAUGCUACAUCCGUGCACUUUCCCUCUCCUCCGACGACUCCACUGUUUACUUUGCUGAGGAGGAAGGGGUCAACAUUUCCAGCGUCAUUCGACAAGCCGUGUUAGAUGUCUUCUCGCCCUCCUCCUCCUCCUCCCCCUCCCCCUCCUCCUCCUCCUCCUCCUCCUUCUCCUCCUCCUCCUCUGCUUCUUACAUAGUGUCGAAUGUAACGCAGCGAACAGCGGAUAACACUCACUGGACAGCUUUUGCUUCUCUAGAUAGGAACGGCUCGGAGACGCUUUUAGCGACGGCGAUCACUAAUCUUAUUUACGAAGUAGAUGUGAGGGACUACGGGAACAGGAGAGAUUUCAUCGCAAUUGGCGGAGGGCCAACGUACGGCUUUGUGCGGCACCCCACCCAACCCGUCCUCUUCGUCGCUGUGGACAACAGACGCAUCUUGAAAGUCCCAAUGGCCGAGGGAGCAGUUCUCGAAAGCUUUGCCAAUCUGCUUGCCGGCGGCGACAAGAAAGGCAAGCAAGACGGAAGCACGGGUUCUCAAGCUCGAUUCAGCUCACCCCGCCUCCACGGUCGAUGUGUUUCAUCUGACGGCUCUUAUCUGUAUGUAGCCGAUCAAGAUAAUUCUCGGAUCGUCCGCGUGGACACUUUAACUGGGGCAACGUACACGUUAUUUCACACAGAUUCUCCUCCUCCCCCUCCUCCUCCUCCCCCCCCUUCAUCAUCUUCUUCUUCCUCCUCUUUCGACGCCUCUGGUUUGUGGGCAAUACGCUACAAGCCGUCGACUACAGCGAUCACUAAAGACAAUUGCAACCUGUUCUUCACAGGAACGGGCGUGCCGGAUGGGAUCCCGACUGUUAUCCACUGGAUGACCUUUCGCGAACCCCAUGGCCAAGUCCUAAGUGUUAAUGCCGUCGUUCUGCAGAAUACAUCGACGGUUAACGUAAAUUUGACGGCUUUCCCACGCAAGGACUACCCGUUCGGAUCGGGGAUCAAUCAAGGCGCGAGAUUAAUGCUAUCUUCCGAUGAUAGCCGGCUGUAUAUGGGCACUGGUAAUGGAGAGAUAUUCGCAUUCAGAGUAAACCGCUCUGCUCUGUACAACUGUACGGGGGGAGGAUCAUUGGCGCAUGCCACGAGGUAUGGGGUCUCGCUAGCAGCGGUCGUAUCGGGAUCGGUAGCCGUCGCGAUCGCGGUGGUGGUUUGCCUUGUCUUGCUCAUCUGGGUGGCGAAGCGAAAGAAGAUGCUUUGCUGGCGUCGGGGCGACGACACGUGGGGCCGGGACCCCAGCGCGGCUCGUCAGAUCGACAAAGCGAUCCCGACGUCGACGCAAGAUACCUCGCUUUUAUCCACGUCAGCCGCCGCCACGUCUUCUAUCACUUCCGUUCUGUCGAGAUUCUGUUCGUCAUCUUCCGCGGCCUCCGAUGUCGGCGGGGAUGGAGGGGGUAGAGCCAAGGUCCGGGGUCGGGAUCGCGACCACAGGCAACGGCUACAACUGCGGGGGGAGGUCUCCGCCAUGACCCGCGACCUGGGCGGUCUAGACACCCCUCGUCCGAUCCCGUUCUCUGUCCUGGAGAAGGCCACGGACGGAUUCCACAGACGCUUCCGGGUUGUGGGAGCGAGAGGAGGGUUCGGAGAUGUCUACCGUGCGUCUCUGCCCGCCAUAGCCGGGAGCUCGGAGAAGGUCCUCGUCGCCAUCAAAGUGAUGAGAGGGGACCUCAAUCAGGUGAAGCGCAAGCAGUUCCUUGCCGAAGUCAAGACCCUCAGCUGUGCCCGGCAUGCCCAUCUGUGCAAGCUGUCGGGAUACUGCGUAGAGAGGGGGAGUGUCAUCCUCGUUUACCCCUUCAUCUCUGGGGGUAGUCUGUUCGAUCGCCUGCACCGUCGACGACGUGGGGGAGCUAAGCAGCUCCACGCAGGGGUCACGUCAUCCGCGAUUGCAGCUGGAACUGCUGCACCUAAUCGUUGUCCUCCUGUUCUCCCUCUCCCUCCGUCUCCUGCUCCUCCUCCGCCUCCACGUCCAGAUCAUCUAGUGCUUAAUUGGAGAUCGAGGGUCCACGUGGCACAGCAGAUAGGGAUUGCGUUGCGAUACCUGCAUGAAGAGCUGGACCCGCCGCUUCUGCACCGGGACGUAAAGAGCAGCAAUGUGCUUGUUGAAGGGACGGGAGAGCACGUGCGGGCUUAUCUUGCGGACUUUGGCCUCGCACGGCUCGGCAAUCCGAGCUUGAGAGGGGAGAGGGGCAGAGAGACCGUGAAAACCAAUUAUCGAGCUGGUACCAUCGGGUACAUGGCACCAGAGUAUGCGAUCGGAUUGAAGCUGACCGCAAAGAACGACGUGUACGCGUUCGGUGUGAUCUUGUUAGAGAUAGUCACAGGAAAGAAGGCGCUGUUCUGGUCAAGCAAGCCGAGCAGGUAUGAUGGGGGAAACGCUGACGUGCAUGAGGCAGAGGAGGAGGAGGAGGAGGAGGAGGAGGGGGAGGAGGACGUGGACGAAGGGGAGGAGGAGGUGGAGAAUGAGGAGGAGGAGGGGGAGGAGGGGAGGUACGUUGGGUCUGCUGUUGACGAUGAUGAACCCGUCGUUCUUGCCGAGUGGUGCGGCGAGAGAGUCCAAAGCGCGCCGUUCUUGGACACAGACACCUGGAACGAGGUCGUCGAUCGUCAGCUACGACGUUGCUUCGCAGAGAAUGGAUGUAGCGACUGGGAGCGAGUGUCGCUGUGCGGCAUCUUCAAGCUGGGGUGCGACUGCACCCUACAGGACGCCACUUUGAGACCCACGAUGGGAUCCGUCGUGGAGAGAAUCAAGGCCAUCAUGGGAGAUGGAAGGGUUGAGGAGGAGGGUGUUGCAGCGGGAUCCCGACCACAUCGUCAAACCCCCUCCAGCGGAUCUGACGUGGCAUCUUAGUAUCCCUUCCGUUAUGACGUGGGAGCCUCGUUUGACACAAUCAUCGCUUUGUGACGCCGCUCAACCUACAUCC